UCCACACUCACAGGCUGACAUAUUUGCUGAGUUUGUGUCACACAGAAACACGUCCGACCUGCAUUCGCCCUCCACAACUUGACGGUCCGGUUUCGACUGUACAUUGGUCCUCUGUUGCAUCGGUCCAAGCUUUUCGUCAAUGAAUUAUUUUAUUUGGACUGUUAUAAAGUGAAUGCAUUUAAGUUGACAUAGUUACAGAUUGUUUGGGAAGUACAAAAUGUGUCGUUUGCGGCAAUAAAGAAGCAAAAUGUGUAAAUAAGGUAUAUUUUGUAAGGUAUAGUAUACUAGGCGAGAAAGGAUGGUAAAAAUAUAAUAUUCUGUUAGAGAUGCAUAGGAGCACAUAAUAAUAAUAAUAAUAAACAAUUAUUCACUAGUAUAAUGGGCCAGAGGAAUAAGAAAUUAUAAAAUGCACAUAUAUUUCAAGUUAGAGCAAGAAAACAACAUAGAUGUCAACCAAGCUGCAGAGUGAGAUGGGCGAUAAAAACAAAAAAACCUUCUAGAAUUUGAUGGAAACAGUAAACGAACUGAUAAAAAAGGUGGAGUCAGUCCACUGAAGUAGUCCCCCACGAUAAACCGUAUGACUUGACACAUGACACCAAGUGUGAGAAUUACAGUCUUCUAAAAUGUCUAACGUGUAGCAUAAAGGAACUACUUUAAGUAGUGUGUUAUUGUUCUGAAAUAUCUGUAUUAGUGUCUUCUUCACUAUUGCUGAGUGAAAGAAUGUUUUUGACUGUUUACUGAAUCUAAUUGUCCUGUUUGGAUAGUAACACAAACAGAUGGAUUAUCAGUGGAAGAUCAGUGUUAUUGUGAAGUAAGUCACUUGUGUCCUUCGCAAGCGCCUGUGUAAGAUAAAUGUACAUUUAAUUAUACUAUUUGCACUUAAUACUUUUCCACAUGGGUAAGCGGCUCACAAGUGUACAUACAAGUAGGUUACAGUAUAUUAGCCGAAUAAUGAGAUUUACAGGGUGGCUGUCUGGGGAAUGCAUGCUCUAAAAAGCAGAAAACUCUUUAACAGUUAAAACAAACAAAUCAUGGCAUUUAGUGUAUUGAGGUCUUGUGUUACUUUUGCAGCCUAAGAUUGGAAAGUUCUUUCAUCAUCAUGUGUAGUGUGUUGUAUGUUUAAAAAUAGCCUCUGAUAAAUGCACAGCCAGUUUAAUCAAUGGUGGCAAGGUGUUAAGAGUUUUGGAGGAGUUUAUUAGAACAGCUAGAGUGGGCUAACAUGAGAUUGGAAAAGACUCCUCAGUAAGUACAACAGAAUACAAAAAUCAAAUGGUUGAUGUAUAAUGAGCUUUACUAGCAAAUAUUAGAUUUAGUGAUGAUUCCUUCCUAGUGCAUUGAUGCAAAAGCUCUGUAAAUACAACAGAUCACAUGGGAAAUUAGCUGAGUCAAUUAAGAGAUUACCUGAAACAUCUGAGUUGAAAGAUGUUUUGAGCAACAAAUUGUAUGCCAGACAAUAUGUUAAAGGAAACUAUGAUGUGGGCCAUAAAAGUGAGAUCCCGGCAUGAGGAUACUUGAAGUCAUAUGGAUGAUUUGUGUGUCAUUUAAGAACUUCCUGCAUUUGAUUUAAUUCUCCUGCCUUUUUCACCUCAAGUGGCUUGAUUGCAUGGACUUAUGCUGGGAGCCUACUGACACCAGACGGAGGGCGUAGCGUAUAGCUUAAUGGAAUUAUCUUCUUUUAGAUGGCCUCUCUGAAUGCAUACCCACAAGCGGGGAGUAUCCCAUUUGUCUUAACCGUUCUCCAGCACACCAGUGAUUACUCCAUCUUAACCCAGUUUCUGUCUGCUUUUUUAGAAACAUGGCAAAUUAUUUCUCUAUCUGCAAGGUUCUUUGUUUGUCUUGGGUUGAAUUAUAAACAAAACCUCCAUAUUUGUUGGAAAAAGAAUGGAUGAAUAUUUAUCUUGAAGAGCAUAAAAGUCUGGUGCAAAACAAAUAACGCAAAAGCAUAAUAUAUAUUUAAAUGUGCAAAAAUGUAUUUUAAAUAUUAUAUGGCAUUAUUAAAUAUUCUAUAUGGAUAUCUUUGUAGAUUAAAUGCAGAUUUUAGUAUGUAAAGAUGUUACUACUGUUUGCGGGAUAAAAACAGAUAAGCUGAAAUAGAAGCCAGUUUUAUGGUGAAACCAUCACAAAUAAAUACAGUGGUUAUGUAAAAUAUUCACACCCCCCACAAUGGAUGGGCAGCAUACAGACAAAAAGGGCAGUGUGGUAGAAUGGGCGGAUUUUAACAGUCAGGGUGGGGGUCCCUGGUGCAGUUUAUCAGUUUAUCUAGGAGGCAAUUGACUCUGUAUUUAGUGAUGUCAUUGGACUGGGGCACAUGUCACAUCACUAUAUAAUCAGUUCAGCAUUACUGUUUCAUUCCACUAAAUAUGGUUUGUAUUUUUUUUUGGUGAAAGAAGUGGCUGUAGUAAAGCAAAUCAUUUUGACAGAUCUUAAAUAGCUGAUUAUAAAUAAUAGUCUGAAAACCAAGGGCAAACAAGGUCAAGGAUCUAUCUACCAAACAUUUCAUUAAAGGCGGUGCCCAAAGUAGUGUAAUGAACUACUGAAAGCAUGGUCCUACUGGAUAUUUUUGGUGUUAUUCUUGAGAAAAGGAUGUUUCCAUUUUCCAUUGGCUGAAUGAAAAUAAUGAGACGUAAAUUGUAUGUAAAUUAUCUGUAAUCGUACUGUAAGCACACAGAUCCUCUCAGGCGGCAAACUUAGAAACAGGGCAGCACCCCAUGUGUCACUCGCUCUGCCCCACAGAGAGCAUUAGGGAUCAGUAAUGCGUCCCUGAUUUGCACUGCUUCGUCCUCCAGUGACUCCUUCAGCCUCUGAAGCUGACAGAAGACCGUCAGGAUGUCGGGUCUCAAGAAAAGGAGACAGAGCCUCUUUCCAAAUUACAAGUUUGGAGCUUCUGCUGCCGACGGCCCAGAACUCGAGGUGGACCAGAGCCUGGUAUUCUUCAGGAACAGAUGGGUGAAGCCCUGGAGCUCCAUGCAGGAGCUCAAUCAGGGGGGCAGGACUUACCAGAUUACCUAUGGGGUGGCUGCAAGAUUCCCCAAGACCAGAAUCGGACAACUGGCCACUUGCAGGGACCACAGCAGGAAGCUGGAGUUGUGCGAUGACUACCUGGUCCACAGCUGUGAGUAUUUCUUUGAUAGAGACCCAGACAUCUUCCUCAAUGUCUUUAACUUUCACCGUACUGGAGUGCUCUGGGUGAACGAUGAGCUGUGUCCACGAAACUUCCUAGAGGAGAUCCAUUACUGGGGAGUACGGAUCAAAAAUACACCGCGGUGCUGCCGGAUUGCCCUGGAGGAGAGGCAGGACGACAUCAACGACAAGCUGAAAGUCCAACGGGAGCUUCAGGCUGAGAUUAUUGAAGACAAUGAGGAGCUUUUCCAGGAGAUGAUGUUCGGCUCAUAUCGCAGAGUCGUCUGGGACCUGAUGGAAAAGCCGUUCUCCUCUGUCCCAGCCAAGCUGAUGGCCGUAGCGUCCAGCUUCUUCGUCUUAGUCUCCCUAGUGGCCAUGACUCUGAACACAGUGGAAGAAAUGCAGUACCAGACACGUGACGGCCAGCUAAGUGGGCGGACCUACGGCGAGCACGUAGAGACCUUCUGCAUUGCCUUCUUCACUGUUGAGUUUCUGCUGCGUUUGGUGUCCACGCCAGAUCUCCGCAUCUUCAUCACCAGCAUGUUGAAUCUCGUGGACCUGGUUGCUAUCCUCCCACUUUACCUGCAGGUGGUGCUGGAGAUCCUGGAGAGUCAGGACACUGACAGGCAGGAUGGGGAUAACGCCAUAGGCCGGGUUGGCCAGGUAGGCCAGGUGGGCCUGGUGCUGCGGAUUAUGCGCCUUCUUCGGAUCCUGCGCAUCCUAAAGCUGGCGCGGCACUCUACGGGCCUGCGAGCUUUCGGCUUUACGCUACGCCAGUGUUACCAGCAGGUGGGCUGCCUCUUCCUCUUCAUCGGCAUCGGCAUCUUGACCUUCUCCGCCAUGGUCUACACUGUGGAGCACGAUGUUCCCCAGACCAACUUCACCAGUAUCCCCCAUGCCUGGUGGUGGGCGACUGUGAGCAUCACCACUGUGGGCUAUGGAGACAUUUACCCCGAGACCUUCCUGGGCCGUUUCUUUGCCUUCGCCUGUAUCUCCUUCGGGAUCAUCCUGAACGGCAUGCCCAUUUCUAUGCUGUUCAACAAGUUUUCUGACUACUAUAACCAGUUAAAAGCCCACAAGCACGCCUCUAAAAACCAGCACCGUGAGAAGGUGAAGUUCGCCCAGCGGGCCUUGAGGAAGAUGGUGGAGUGCUGCAGGGAGGCUUCCAGCUAACGUCCAGUAGGCCAUCAGACAGUGUCAACCCCACAGGUCAAAGACUCUCAUGCUGUUAGCAGGGACAUUCUGUGUCCCAUUACCAAGUGCUCAGGAGGGGUUUCAAACUGUAUAUCUCACUGACCUCAGCACUUUCAUCUGACUGCAUAUUAAGUGGACCACAAACCAAAUGGUCCAAUGACAGUUGUCACUGCAAUGGUCAAAUCACAUGACUAGCUCUAGUACAGUACAUGUGUCAAUUGCAAUUUUAGCCUCUGCAUGCUAGCUAGCUACACUGAAAAACAAGAAAAUGGAACAGGGCCUUCAGUUGUGACAGGUGCCAAUUUUAAAUGUUGUUUUGCAAUAUACAACCGAUCAUA